AUGGGGAAUUUUGCCAACGGAGCGGUGGUCACCAGGAAUUCCAGACCCAAUAUUGUGUUGCUCAUGGCGGAUAACCUCGGGGUGGGAGAUCUCUGCUGUUAUGGGAAUACCACCGUCAGCACCCCUCACAUUGACCGCCUGGCCAGCGAGGGCGUCAGGCUCACCCAGCACCUGGCGGCCGCCUCUGUGUGCACCCCCAGCAGAGCUGCCUUCCUCACCGGACGGUACCCCAUCCGCUCAGGAAUGGCUUCCGACUCCAACCUGAACCGUGUCCUGCCCUGGCUGGGGGGCUCAGGGGGCCUUCCCACCAACGAAACGACGUUUGCCAAAUUGCUGCAGCAUCGUGGAUACAGGACAGGACUCAUCGGAAAGUGGCACCUAGGCCUGAACUGUGCCACCCGAGAUGACCACUGCUCUCACCCUCUCAACCACGGCUUCGAUUACUUCUUCGGCCCCCCUCAAGGCCUGCUGAGAGACUGCCGGCCGGGCAGUGGGUCAGAGCUGCACCCUGGGCUGAGGUGGAAGCUGUGGCUGUCCACGGCGGCCCUGGCCGUACUACCCGUGCUGCUCCUGGUGCCCAGGCUGGCCGGCUGGUUCCCUGUGCCCUGGAGUAUCAUUGUGCUCUUGACCCUGGUGGCUGUCCUCUUCUUUGUGGCCUGGUUCUCCAGCUAUGGCUUCACUCGCCGUUGGAACUGCAUCCUCAUGAGAAACCAUGACAUCGUCCAGCAGCCCAUGAAGGAGGAAAGAGUGUCCACACUGAUGCUCAGAGAAAUCCUGACCUUCAUUGACAGGUACAAGCGAGCUCCGUUUCUUCUCUUCGUCUCCUUCCUGCACGUGCACAGGCCUCUCCUGACUAAGGAGAAGUUUGUGGGACACAGCAAAUACGGGCUGUACGGGGACAACGUGGAGGAGUUGGACUGGAUGGUGGGAAAGAUCCUGGAUGUCCUGGACCAGGAGCGUCUGACCAACACUACGUUGGUGUACUUCACUUCGGACAACGGUGGACACUUGGAAGCACAGGACGGGACGGCUCAGCUGGGAGGCUGGAACGGCAUCUACAAAGGUGGCAAAGGAAUGGGAGGCUGGGAAGGCGGUAUCCGUGUUCCUGGGAUAUUCCGGUGGCCCACUGUACUUGAGGCGGGAAAAGUAAUUACGGAACCCACCAGCGUGAUGGAUGUGUAUCCCACGUUGUCGUACGUCGGAGGAGGCAUCCUUCCCCUGGAUAGGGUCAUUGACGGCCGUAACCUGAUGCCUCUGCUGGAAGGGAGAGUGUCUUCCUUGCACCACGAGUUCCUCUUCCACUAUUGCGGGACGUACCUGCACGCGGUCAGGUGGCACCAGCGGGACUGUGACACCACGUGGAAGGUCCACUUUGUGACCCCCAAGUUCUCCCCGGAGGCAGCAGGUGCCUGCUACGGGAGUGACAUGUGUCCCUGUUCAGGACACGUCACCCACCACGACCCACCCCUGCUCUUCGAUGUCUCCAGGGACCCCUCGGAAUCCCAGCCCCUGAGUCCUGACAACACAGCACUCUUUGACUCCGUGAUGAGAAGAGUGGAGGCUGCCAUCCAGGAUCACCGGAGGAGCCUGACACCGGUUCCUCCACAGUUCUCCGUGUUCCACACUCUCUGGAAGCCCUGGUUGCAGCCCUGCUGCGGGGACUUCCCUUUCUGUGGCUGUGACAAGGAGGAUGACCUCAUCCCCGUGGCUCCGUGA